AUGGAUGAGGAAACGCUCAAAGAAGCUCUCACGAGCUUCCCCAAUGCCAGCAAGGCGCCAGAACCUGCUGCGACCUCGGCGCUCAACAUCAAUGCCCUGUUCGAAAACCCGCUCUUCGCAGGUGGAAUUGGUCUCGCCUCUCUCGGUGCUGUCGCAGCAUUUGCACGAAAAGGCGCAUUAUCCGCUCUCGGAGCAGCUCGGCGUCGAUUGCUCGUCAACGUCGAAAUCAGCAAGCAGGAUCCCGCGUACCCUUGGAUCCUAGCUUGGCUGUCACAACCCCGCGAGAACCCAGGCUUCAUUGCUUCUCGGCUGACACGAAUCCACAACCUCUCCGUUUCGACAACCACCGCAUCCCGAACGCCUGGCGUCAGUGGGCCACAACAUGCGCAUUUCUUCCUGCAGCCCGGCUAUGGACGGCACAUUGUCAAAUUCGGCAGUGCGUACAUUGCCGUCAAUCGCGAGAAGCACAACACGGCGAACAUGAAUACGGGCGAACCGCACGAGAUUCUUCAGAUGACGACUCUAUGGGCUCACCGACACGUUUUCGAGUCAGUCUUUAGCGAAGCACAUCAACUGGCAGCCAAGGCGAACGAGGGCAAGACGAUUGUAUAUUCGGCUCGAGGAAUGGACUGGGUACCUCUCGGGGACCCUAGGAAGAAGCGACCACUUGGCUCUGUGAUCCUGGAUGAAGGUGUCAAGGAAAACAUCGUGGGCGACGUGCAAGAUUUCUUGAACAGGCAACAAUGUGGUAAGACGUCCUUUAUCCAAGCGCUCGCAGGAGAACUGGAUUUCAGUGUGGCCAUGAUCAAUCUUAGCGAGAUGGGCAUGACGGACGACAAGCUCGCCUAUCUUCUCACUAAGCUGCCGAAGAGGAGCCUGUUGCUGUUGGAGGAUGCAGACGCAGCGUUUGUUAACCGACGACAACGAGAUACCGAUGGAUACAGUGGUGCGACUGUGACUUUCUCAGGUCUUCUCAACGCCCUUGACGGUGUUGCUGCCGGUGAAGAGCGGAUUGCCUUCCUGACGACGAAUCACGUUGAUCGUCUUGAUCCUGCUCUGAUCCGACCUGGUCGUGUAGACUUGAUGCUCCGCAUUGGUGAGGCUACGCGCUACCAGGCUGCUCAGAUGUGGGAUCGAUUUUACGGCGAUGUUGAUAAGGAUCACUCUGGCCGGGAACGUUUCCUCAACCGACUUCAGGAGCUGGGUCUGUUUGGGCAGGGGCCAGAUGGAAAGCCAUCGAAUCGACACACCAGCGCGGCGGCGAUUCAAGGACUAUUUUUGUUCAACAAGAACGACAUGAAAGGGGCGAUCGACAUGGCCGAAGGACUCAUCCCAAGAAAGUUCGAGGCCUCGGACGAUGUUCCAGAGGGAGCCAUCAAGACUCCUGCAUGA